UGUUCUCAGAGUCACAGUCGCUACAUCAAAUUUUGUAGUCACUGAGUGGGUGUGCACCGAGAGGGUUGCUGGCUGACACGGUCUCGAGAAUCUCUGCUGAACAUGAAGCCAUUGAAGGUCAUUCUCGCUAUCCUGAUCUGCGCCGCUGUGUGCCAGGCGAGGCCGCAGCAUGACCAUCGCCAUCAUGCUGAGUUCAACAAGUCUGCAUCUUGUAUCGGAAAAUGCACCGAAGGACCUGAGACCUUCCACAUGCCGCAGGUGAUGAAGCUGAAGGUGAAGGCCCAUGCCGAAUGCCAUGCUGAGGGAAAGUGCCCACUGAAUGAGCCGUCAAUCCGUCAACGAUCACCGUGUUUAGAUGGCAAGAGUGCUGGCGAGUAUGAGUGUUCCAAUGUUGACAUGAUGUCAUAUGUUUCCCUACGUGACAUGGGCAGCUAUGGUGACGGUAACGACAUCUGGGGAUGGACUGACGAGCCCGAACCCGGUCUUCGCUUCGAGUACGCCAUUGUCGGCACGGAGGACGGCACUGCAUUCGUGGAUGUGACCAACGCCGAGGAUCCCACCGUCCUUGGCUUCCUACCGACGCACACCACAUUCAGCAUGUGGAGAGAUAUCAAAGUGUACAAGAACCAUGCGUUCAUUGUCAGUGAGGCCAGCGGUCAUGGAAUGCAGGUGUUCAAUCUGCUUCGCCUGCGUCAGCGGCCACCAGCCGGCACUGUACCACGCCUCACAGCCGAUGCCCACUACGGCAUGGUUGGCAACACUCACAACAUUGUGGUCAACGAAGACACCGGCUACGCUUACCUUGUAGGCAGUACUAGCAGUAGAGUCGGUUAUGUCGUUUGCUCUGGUGGACUGCACAUCGUGGACAUCCGGGAGCCGCUCUUCCCACGCUUCUCGACGUGUUAUGGUGGCGACGGUUAUACUCACGAUGCCCAGUGCGUCAUCUACCAUGGACCGGAUGUGCGUUACCAUGACCACGAGAUCUGCUUUGCCUACAACGAGAACACACUGACUGUCGUCGACGUCACCAACAAGAACGGCAUCGUCAUGCUGUCGCGUACGCCGUACGCCAACGUCGAGUACUCCCACCAGGGAUGGUUGACGGAGGAUCACGCCUACGCCAUCUUGAACGACGAACUCGACGAGAUGUACACGUCUGAGAAGCACACUCGCAGUCUGCUCUGGGACGUCAAGAACCUGGAAGCACCCGUUCACUACAGCUCCUUCCUGUCCACGGAGAUGUCCGUCGACCACAACCUCUACAUCCGCGACAAUCUUGCCUAUGAGGCUAACUACUGCGCCGGUCUGCGCAUUCUGGACAUCACAGACAUGGAGGAGGGCGCGGAGCAAGUUCGUGAAGUUGCUUACUUCGAUGUUGCUCCUGAUUGGAACACGGUUUCUUUCCACGGCUCGUGGAGCAGCUAUCCGUUCUUCGAGAGCGGCAACGUCAUUGUCAACAGCAUCGAGCGAGGCCUGUUUGUCCUGCGCCCCAACCACGAGGCCAUCAAGAGGCUGCAGGAGGAGGCGAAAUUGAAGAGGAAGGCAAUUUCCCACUAAUCAACUCUGUGCUCAGACACAUUGAUAGCACAAAAAGAUUCCCAAUUUUUUUUAAAAAGUACUUUGGAUGUGUUUUUCAAGAUCUCUCACACAUUCCCUAAAUUCUCUAUUCUUUGAUAUUGCCUUUAAAACUUUUUUGUCACUACAAUUUUCUUCUUAUUGGAUUUGUUUCCCUGGCUUCAGUCAGAUAAAAGGAUGGUGCAUAAUGUG